AUGCCCGCCGUAAAUGAUGACUCGAGAACUCCAGGGAUAUAUCCGGAGCCUGGUCAGCCUACAUUUUUCGACGUAGCAAAACCGCAACUCCCUUCCACCGUCGCUCCGAGGCAAGUGACCUUGCGGGAUCGCGUUACCAUUGCAACUUUGGUGCCGUUCUCCAAUGCCUCCGACUUACCGCACUCCCUGUUGGUGUACCUAUGCGACCAAUUGAAUAAAGAGAUUGAAAAGGGGGACACGUAUCCAAUGGACCGUCCUCUUACUCUGGAAGAAUUUGGUCAAGACUGGUUCUCGCAUUUCGGAGCUGUAAUGCUUCUAGGUGAGGUCAAGGGAGUUCAAGAUGCUCAAUCCAUGGGCUUGGCUGGAGAGGACUGGAGGAAAACGUGCCUAGGAAGCUUCAAUAUCAAACCGAAUUACCCAGGACGAAGCAGCCAUGUUUGCAAUGGCGCGUUCCUGGUCACGGAUGCAUCGAGAAACCGUGGUGUGGGCAGAUUGAUGGGAGAAUGCUACCUUGAAUGGGCACCUCUACUGGGUUACACGUAUUCUGUAUUCGACCUAGUUUACGAAACAAAUGUCGCCUCCUGCCGUAUAUGGGAUGCUCUUGGGUUCAAGCGGAUUGGAAGAGUGCCCGGCUGCGGGAAUUUGAAAUCAAGUCCUGGCCAACUGAUUGAUGCAAUCAUAUAUGGUCGUGAUCUAGGCCCCGAGGGCGAAGAUUUCGUCUCAGAGGAAAGAUUCGACAAAAUUAGAUAUUAUCUCAAGCAUUCCAAAUACCCAACUGGCGCGGAUCGAGCAGAAAAGAGCCGACUACGAAGCGCGGCGACCCAUUACAAGCUUGUCGGGGGACAGAAUGGAGAGCCAGAAAAGCUGAUGUUGAAGGACAAGGAGGUGGUAUCUGAUCCUCAACAACAAUAUGAAAUAGCCCGAAAGAUCCACGAGCAGCAACACGGUGGAAUCAACAAGACGACCGCCAACAUUGCCCUGAAAUACCACUGGGUCAGGAUUAAGGAGACUGUCAGUAUGGUGAUAAAGAAUUGCGAAAAAUGCAAGGAAUCGCCCAAGGCCCCAAUUUCAAAUUCGGACGGGUCAAGUUCGAAACGGGAAAAGUCGUCAACGCCAAGAGAGCGGAAACAAGAUGUGUCCCCGAGUGGCUUUGGAACGCCUCCGGAACAACUCUCAAAUGUUCAUGAAUACAUCAAAGAGGACCCGUUUGGUGGGCCGAGCCCUCCGGUGUUACAUGGAGCAAUGGAUGACAUUAAAUUCCAACCGGAUCCGGAGGAAAUACCAGAUUAUGCUGACAUUCCUCUGGACCCUCAAAUUAUGGAUGAUAUUCAGCAUCACCUACCGUCCUUUCAGCGCCAUAACGAAGUUGACCUCUAUGAACCAAAUAGCCUUCAUCAAGCCCACGAAUUGGGCCACGGGUUUGAUCACGCCCAUCUAGAACACCACGGCUCCCCAAAUGACUACCGUAUGGUUGAAGAUGACAACGGGAUAAUAGCUUCUCAAGCCGCUGCGGCCCUGCGAGAUCAGGCGAUGCACCUCGUCGAUACCUCUCGACUUCAUAACGAAACGCAGUUGCAUCCCUUGCAGCAGCUUUUGACAACCGGGAAGAGCCGUCACAGUUUGACGGUAGAUUUUGACGAUAAUUCUGAGGCUUACUUGUAA